AUGGCGGGUACCACAUCUUCCUCGGCAUCUAAUCCAAUUUCAGAGUUGGGUUCAUCAUUGAAGCGUGGUUUGGGUGAUAUUGGAUGGGAAUAUGCGGAGUUGGCGGAUGCCUCAAACUUGGAUAGGUUGAAGUGUAAGUUAUGUGGGAAAUUAGUUAGUGGUGGGAUAUAUCGAAUGAAGCAACAUAUUGCCCACAUCAAGGGAAAUGUGGCUCCUUGUAAAAAGUCUUCGGAUAAGGAUAAAGCCAAAUGCAAGAAUGCUAUUGAAGAGGCAAAGAGUAAGAAGAAACAAAAGAGUAGACAUGAAGCAGAAGUGAGGCAAGAAGUCAUUUUUGAAGGAGAUGAAGACAAUGAAGCGAGUCAAGGGACAAGAAGAAUGCCGCAUACUCUUGGGCCUAUGGACCGUUUUGCAACCCCCAUCGAUCCGGAUUCUUCAUUGGAUGGAAGUAGGAAAAUGAGACAACAAAAUAUCAAUGAUGCACUUUUCAAGCAAAGAACACAUAGUGUGCAUCAAUACUUGGCUAGAUGGGUGUAUGAAGCCGGGAUUCCUUUUCAUGCCGUUGAUAGUGAUAGCUUCAAGAGGUUUGUUGAAGUGGUUGGUCAAUUUGGCCCGGGUUACCGACCUCCAAGCCAAUAUCAAUUAAGGGAGCCAUUAUUGAAGGAAGAGGUAGAGAGAACUAAAAGUUUAUUGAAGAAGCAAGAAGAAGAGUGGGCUUUGAAUGGUUGCUCUAUUAUGACCGAUGCUUGGAGCGACCGGAAAAGAAGAAGUAUCAUGAAUUUGUGUGUCAAUUGUGCGGAAGGCACAACUUUUCUUUCUUCUAAGGAAGCAUCGGAUGAGGCACACACCGGGACGUAUAUUUUUGAAUAUGUGGACAAAUGCAUUGAAGAUGUUGGACCACAAAAUGUGGUUCAAGUGGUGACGGACAAUGCUUCAAAUAAUAUGGCGGCGAUAGAUUUGAUGAAGUUGAAGAGGCCAAACAUAUUUUGGACUUCAUGUGCAACUCACACCUUGAAUCUUAUGCUUCAAGGAAUUGGCAACCAACCUAGAUUCAAAGGGGUGAUUGAGAGGGCAAAGAGCUUCACCAUCUAUAUUUAUGCACAUCACAAGACUUUGGCAUUGAUGAGGAAGUUUACAAAGAAAAGAGAUAUAGUGAGGCCGGGAGUCACUAGAUUUGCAACAGCUUUCCUCACUUUGCAAAGCUUGAUGGAGAAGAAGAAUGAGUUGAGAGCUAUGAUUACUAGUGAUGAAUGGAAUGAAAGCAAGCAUGCAAAGAGUGUAAAGGGGAAGGCGGCGAUGAAUAUUGCUUUGAGUGCUUCUUUUUGGAAUGGGGUAAGUCUUUGCUUGAAGGUGUUUGCCCCUUUAGUCAAGGUGCUUCGCCUUGUUGAUGGGGAUAGAAAGCCAUCAAUGGGCUUUGUGUAUGGAGAACUACUUAGAGCCAAGGAGGAGAUUAAAAUGGCAUUCAAAGAUCAAGAAACUCACUAUCGUCCCAUCCUUGACAUUGUUGAUGGAAAAGCCCGUGGUCGACUUGAUAGUCCAUUGCAUUUAGCGGGUUACCUCUUGAACCCUUACUACACAUAUGCCAAUCCAGGUCUUGAGAAUGAUAAUGUGGUCAUGGAUGGGUUCUUCACUUGUGUUGAGACAUUCUUUCCUGAUGACAUUCAAACUCAAAGUUUGGUGACAAAUGUAGAAUUGCACAAGUAUUUGAAGAAAGAUGAUGGAUUUGGAAGAGGUUUGGCAAAGGCGGGAUGCGCACAAAAUGAUGACACUUAUAAUCCGGUUUUGUGGUGGAAUAUUUAUGGAAACCUUGUACCAAGAUUGCAAAGUAUGGCUAAAAGGAUACUUUCAUUGACCACAAGCUCAUCCGGAUGUGAGAGAAAUUGGAGCGCUUUUGAGGAGAUCAUCAACAAAAAGAGAAGAAUGAAAGAGAAGAAUGUGGAUGUAUUACUAGCAUCUGAAGCUACUAUGGCCCAAGGAUGGAUUGUGGAUGGUGGUGAUGAAGAUGUAGAUUCUGAUCUUACUAGUGAAGUAGUUGGAGAGGGAUCGGGAUUGGGAGUGGAUAGUAGCUUAGAGCAUAGGAGAAGUAGUAGAAUUCAAGAAAUUAGGGAACUUCAUGAGGAGGAUUUUGUAUCGGAUGAAGAGGAAGAAGAUGAGAUGACUUUUGAGUUUGAGUCCGAUGAGGAGGGAGUACUAGAGGGAUAUGGAGAAGAAGAAUUUGAGGGUUAG